AUGCAAAAAAUUAAAGAUAGGAUAGUUUCUGAAAAAAAAGUUCGAACGACUAAGAAGCAUUUCUCAAUAUCAAAAGAAAUAGCAAAUAGAAAAGCGAACAUUCAAAACUAAUUAUCAGAUGAUAGCAAAAUUCGAAUGAAGGGAAGCAAACAUUCAGUUUCAUCUAUUAAAAGCAAAUAAAAAGUGAAUGUCUCCAUGAAUAAGGGUUUAUCUCGAAGCUCUUCUUCCUUCUCAAGUGAUUCAGAAAAUGACAAAAGAUCAUUUCAUUAAUCUAUAAUUUUGAAGGAUAAUUAGGGAAAUUUUCAAUAAGGACGCUCAUCUUUUUUUUAAGUAUAAGAUAAACUUAUCAUACCCAAUAUGUCCUUUGAAUAAGAUUUGAUCAAUCCCUUAGAUAUGUCGGAUGGGAUUGAAAGAUCAGUUUUAAAAAUUUAAUUUCUAGAUUUUGAACACUAAUGGGGACUAAAAUAGGACAUUAGUUUACAAAAACAAUGUAUCGGAGAUAAAUAGCUUAUUUCAUAAAAUAGUGAAGUUUUAUCAUCCCAUAAAUCCUUAAGAAAAUCACGUGCAAGUCAAAGAAAUAUGUUUCAAUCAAGGUUGUUAAUUAAUCAAACUAAAAAAAAUUAAUAAAAUCUUUCCGAUAGCGAGGAUGACGAUUACAUUGACAAUUAAUAGGAAGACGAAAAAAUCGAAAGGAAAUAUAAGAAACUAUAUGAAAGAAACCCCUUCGAAGAUCCUUACUAUGUGAAACUAAUCGAUUUACACGGAUUCGAAAGGCUGCAUUAUGAGCUUGAUGUAAUAAUUUCAUUAAUAACGAGGCUUAUCAUGACGAUUAAUAAUUUUUAAAAUUAAGAAAAAGACUCGUAUUUUACUCAUUAUUUAUCCCCAUUUUAUGUAAGAAAAUAGUGUAAAGUGUCUUUUUUAAAAUUUGUAUGUCCUUUUUAAUUCUAUUUAAUGUUACAUUAUACAUUUACUCGUAGACAAAGUAAGACCCAUUAGCAACCAAAGAUAUGGAGAAGGGAAUCAUGAUUUGUUUUUUAAUAGAAUUGUGUCUCAGGGUAAUUGCAUCAGGAAUUAUAAUACCAAAAGGAGCCUUCUUUAGAAACUUUUAAGAUAUUAUGGAUUGCAUUUUGGUCAUAAUAUAUGUGUUAAAUUUAACAUAUCCAGAUACAUUUAAAGUUGACGUGUCACCACUUAGAGUAAUCACCUUAUUACUCUAUUUGGGAGACAUUUUUGCUGGAUUAGGAGUAAUGUUAAAGGCUUUAAAAUAAUCCUUCAGAUUUUUACUGGAAGCUUUAAUGAUCGUCGGUCUUUUCUCAGUGUUCUUUGCAAUUUGCGGAGUCUUUUUGUUCUAAGGCUUAUUUAACUAUAGGUGUCAAUAUGAUAAUGGAGAUGAAACAGAUGGAUGGAUCUAAUGUAAUCAGAACUCUUGUUUUGAAGAAGGAAUGUCAUGUUAAUAUUCUUCAUUCACUCCUAAACUACCCACUUCAUUUAAUACUGUGAUUUAUUCUUAUGGCUAAGUCUUAAGGACUAUUACGAUGGAUGAUUGGAGUUGGGUUAUGUUUUUUACUAUGAGAAUAUAUCACCCUUGGACUUGGCUUUAUUAUUUAUUAAUUAUUUUUGUGUGUGGUUUUUUUGGGUUUAAUUUGGUGAUAGCAGUUAUUAAGAUUCAUUAUGCUGAGGCCACUGAGGAGAAUGCUUAAGAGGAGGAAAGGAGGAAAAUUGAGUAAAAGAUCAAGGAAAACAGAGAAAUACCAGAAAGAGAUAUUGUAAAUGUCUUUGAUGUUGCAUUCUUACGUUAUAGGGAGUUCUUUCAAGUGAUAAAGAAGUACAGGUAGGCUUUGAGAAAUACAUAUCGUAAUUUCCCGUUGGAAGAAAUGACCAAUGAUAAAGGGGAGAGCAAAUAAACAAGAAUUUUGUCUGCAAAAUAAAAGAAAAAUGAAGAGUAGAUUGAGGAUGUAAUGAAUAUAUAUUACCAUUAUUUUAGAUCAAUUGGAUAAAAAGAAUGGAGAUUUAUUUAUAGAAUUUGACAAUCAAGAAUCUAUUGUUACCAAAGUUUAAAAUUCUACAAGAGAAAUAGAAAAGAAUUCGUAUAAAAAAGUAUACUGAAGAUGAAAUUGAGUUGUAAAUUUUAGAAAGGCUAAAGUCCUUUUCAUUCUCCCAAAUGCAAUCUUGUCUUAAUAAAUAAAUAUAGUAAACAUUUUCAAGCGAAGGAGAUGUUUUACCUACACUGAAGUAUUUGACUAUGUAAUUUAUAGUUUACCUGAUUGUGAGAAGAAGGAAAUUGAAAAAGAAAUCAUUAACAUGAGAUAUAUUAAACUUCCAAUAAUGUAUCCAGAUAUUAAGCAAAAUAAAAUUCAACAAAUUUUCAAAGACCAUAAGAACACCUCCUAGUUUCCUGUUAAUAAAGUUAAACGAAUCAUACUCAAUGUUACAGAGAAUGAUGAGAAUGAAACUAACAAUUCAAUAGAGCAACGUCAUAUCAAUCAAAAGAUGACUAUGAAGUAUUCUUCAAAGCAAAAGGCUACCUAAAAUGAUUAACAAGUUCCAUUUUUUAUAAAAAAGCAAGAUCAAUACUUUGUUUAUAUUUAGGGAUAUUAUCUAAAUUAUGAAGGAGUUUAAUCGAAGAUAAAUGCAAAGAUACAAAAAAAUAGAAUUGAUCAAUCAUCUAAUGAAUUUUAAUAUAGAUUGUUGAGAAAAAAGGAUUGUUAGUAAACUCUAAUUAGCAAGAAAACUUGGUCUGGGAACGAUGUAUUGAAGUUGAAUGAAAAGAGAUUAUUUAAUUUUAGAGAUGUACUAAAGAGAUUAAAUGUCAUUGACAUCUAGAUUUGGAUGUUGGGUUUGUAUGGAAAGAUUGAUACAAUAAAGAAGUAUUCAUAUCUACUCAUUACAUCUCAAGUUUGUCAAUUGUUUUUUGAUUUCGUAAUAUUGAUCAAUUUUACAUUUCUCUCUUUGCAAGGAAUAGCAGAUUCAGUUACAAUAUCAAAUGAGGAGGAUGUUUCAACUAUAUUUUUAUGUAUAGAGUUGAUUCUGAGAUUUAUUGCAUUUUCCUGGAAAGACAUUACUAAUAGUCCAGAUUAUGUACUUUAAUCUAGCAUUGUAAUCUUGAAUUUCAUAGAAUUUACAAUGAGUUCAUUAAUGACGAGUUUAAGUGAAUAAAACUUGCGUUUGAUUAGAGGAACAAAAUGUUUACUAUUUUACAGAGUGUUAAAAUAUAAUAAGAUGGCAGUAGCUAUUGGUCAUAUAGCUUAAAAAACAUUCAAAUAAUACAUAUACUUAACAUUUCUGAUGUUUCUAGUUAUAUUUAUUUAUGCAAUGAUUGGAAUGGAGAUGUACGCAGGAGUGUUUGAUUAGACGGAUGCUCUGGGUUAAUUGCAUUCCUACGAUAAUAUUUUAAAAGCAUUUAUGACUAUAUUCAAUAUUAUGACAAAUGAUGACUGGUAUGGCGUAUAUGUGAUGGGAGGAAAUAUCAAUUAUGUGUUUGCUGUAAUCUACUCGUAUUCCAUGGUUAUAGUAUUGAAUUACAUUACAUAUGGAUUAGUAUUGGCUAUAUUAUUGGAUGGAUUUGGAGCCAUAAAUAAAGAAAUGAAUGAAUAGGAAGAAUUAGUUGAAAAGGACAAUGAAGAGAAGAAUAAUGAAUAGCCAGAAGAUCAAAAUUCACAAAUUACUGAAGAAUAGGAAAUUUAAGAAUUUCAGUUAAAUUUGUAACCCUUGAUCUCUUAAGCAAAUUUGAUUGAUAAUCAACCAAAGAAAACAAAGUAGACUCCAAUUACGAAUCUGAUGAAGUCCAUAAGUAUUUAUUGAUUAAUAUAUAAUAUUAGAAUAAGUGCACAAGGAUAUUUUAAAUUAAUAUCCCUAAUUGUAUGAAGGUAUUUAAUGUUAGUAAUCAUUAUAUAUAUUCUCUAAAGAGAAUUAUGUGAGAAUAUUCUGCUGUCAAAUAGUUACAUCGUAAUUUUUUAAUUACUUUAUGGACAUAGUGUUAUAUUUUUCCAUAAUUGUAUUUGCCUUGAAAACUUACAAUGAUUAUGAAGAGAACUCAGAAUACUACCCAGAGGUUUUGCAAUUUGUAGCUAACAUCGUUUUCCUCUUUGAAGUGGUAAUUGGUAGCAUAGCCAAAGGGAUGUGGAUGAAUAAAGGAUCAUAUAUUACAUACACAUGGUAAAUAAUUGAUGUGAUUUACAUUAUAUCAUUCUGCUUUCACUUUCUAUCUAAUAAUGAAAAGAAACCUAUUGUAAAAUUCUUGUUGUAUUUUGGUUACUUUAGAGUGAUGAAACUAAUGUAUAGAUUGUCAUGGUUAGAUAAAUUGAGAUUGGCAUUAGGGAGAUCAUUAGCUGAUAUUUGGAAUGUGUUGAUAACAAUGCUUUCAGUGUGGAUAAUAUUCGGAGUGUAUGGAAUUAUAUUGUAUGAACAGUAAUUUGGCUAUUGUGAGGAUAAAGUGCAAUUCAAUGUGAACAAGAAUGAUUGUUUAGAAUAGAAUAGAACUUGGAUUAAUUACAAGCAUAAUUUUGACAAUAUUACAAUUGCUAUUCCAACACUCUUUGUGGUGUCAACUUUUGAUGGAUGGGGUGAGAUCUUAUAAAUUGCAGAAAAUAGUUAGAGUUCUGACUUUGGACCAGUUGCAUUUAAUAGUUAUAUACCCACAUACUUCUUUUUCUUGGUGUUUUGUUUCAUAGGAUCUAUGUUUUUCCUGAGUUUAUUCACAGGUGUGUUGUUUUCAAAUUUGAAAGACAACCAGAGUAAAAUUGAAAGAUCAGACAUCACCAAAGCUUAGGUUGAAUUUAUGGAGAUUUCACAAAUCAUUAUCAAGGAUUUCCCCAUUUAUUCCUCACCUCCUACUUCAACAAUAAGAAGAUUUGCAUCUGAUUUAACCAAUAAUUCAACCUGCCAAAAGACUAUGUUUUGUUUUCUAUUGAUAGAUUUAAUUGUCCUAUUAUUAUUUUAUUCAGAAAUGGAUGAAGACUUUUUCAAAGUUCUUAAUAAUACACAUAAUACGUUGAUGUACUUGUACAUAAUGUGGAACAUAUUCCUCUUCUUAGCUCUAGGAGUUAAUCGUUAUUUUGAUAACCACUGGAGAAGAUUCUACUUCUUCUUGAUCACUAUCGCAAUUAUUGAUAUUAUUGCUGAUUACCAAGCAGAUUGGGCAUUAGUCUACUUCAAAUCCACUCCAGCUGAUGAUGGGUAUCAGUUUCUACGCUUGUUCUUUGCUCUUCGAUGUUUAAGAAUUAUCUUAAUAUUCCAGGGCUUGAUCAAUCUGUAGAGAUUAAUGAGAGUGAUGGUCUUUGCUAUGCCCUUCUUAGGUAAAAUAUUUUCUAUACUCAUCAUUACCAUGUUCAUUUUCGCUCUUUUUGGUUGCCAAAUGUAUGGGCAUCUUGAUAAAGGGUAGGUGAUGGAUGAUCAAAUCAAUUUCCAGAAUGUUGCAUAAGCUAUGUUGGCUCUAUUCAAAUGCGCAUCAGGUGAUGAUUGGAGGACCAUUAUGACAGACACUAUGUUUUAUAAUCCGUUUUGCGCAGAAGAUGACAAGUAUUGUGGGAGCAUCUAUAAUCAGAUCUACUUCUUCUUGUUUAUGUUACUGUCCAAUUAUGUUCUAUUGAAUUUAUUUGUCCUCGGCUUGGUGGAGCAAUUCGAACAGUUCUUUAUGUUACAAAACUCUAUGAUCCAAACUUACGUAGAAAACGUUGACAAGAUCAAGACCAUUUGGUGCAAAUACUCAUCGGAAACUCAGGGAUAAGCCAUGCAUUACAAAUUUCUUUGUCGCUUCCUUUUAGAUAUAGGCAAGCCAUUGGGAGGGGGAAGUGAUGAAAAUCUCUGGGAUGUUGGCAAAUUGGCAUCCUCAUUCAAAAUCUAAUGGUAUUUCUUAUUAGGUAUAUUCUAGUGAUCAUUACGGAUACAUUCAAUACAAUUAACUGAUGUAUGAACUCUUUCGAGUUUGCUAUCAUGAGGAGGUCUUUAAGAAUGGGCCUCACUCUUCGAUUAAGAAAAUCAAGCAAUUCAAUAAGGAAAUGCAGCUGAGAUUGAUGUAUUACAGAAGAAAUCGGUUCUUAUAAAGAAGCAAUAUCUCUCCUAUUUUACACCUUAGGGCAAACUUCAACAUUUUACAUGAUUAUUUAACUGUUCUCAUUCUUUAUAAGGCUUGGGAAGCCUACUCUAAAAAGCUUAUUAAGAAAGUCUGUGUCAAGUAGUAGCAUUUCACAGAAGGAGAUCUCGAUGAAAAAGAUUCAUCGGAAGAUCAGAAUGCUAAUAAAAACAAUUAGUAUAUUCUUCCUCUAAUCAUUUAGCUUAGAUCAAGAUUGCAACGAAUUUCUGGAUGAGGAAAUAGAUCAGUAAAUCGCCUCCAAUGACAAUCCUUAAUAAGAAAUUAAAAAGCAUCAAAUUACCAAUUGUUCGGAAGAUUUAGAAUCUGAUAAUAUUCCGACCUACAGAUGGUAGGGAGAUCAAUAGUUUGACCAAGCUUUCGAGAGUGCUAUCAUAUCCCCAAAUCAGUCUUAUAGAAAAAUGAAUUUAUGA